AGGAUAUUGUAAUAUAUUUAAGAUCCGCCUUCUCUGCGUAUUCUAUAUAUCAAUAGAUGUUCCUUGGCAAGAAAGGCCAGAAACAUUUCAAUCACGUCUUCCUUGAACAAGGACCUCAACGCCACAUAUUUUUCGUAAUACAAGCUCUCGCCCAUAAUGGCACCAAUCCCAAGCCUCAAACUGAAUGAUGGAAAUUCCAUCCCACUUCUCGGCUUCGGAACCGGUACCGCCCAGUCCAAAAGACGACAAGAGAAGCCAGGCUUCAACCAAGACCUGGUGGAUAUUCUCGAGAUUGCAAUAAAGCAAGGUAUCCGACACAUCGACGGUGCCGAAGGCUAUGCCAACGAAGAAGAGAUCGGUGUUGCAAUCAAAGAAUCUGGCAUUCCCCGCGAAGAACUCUUCAUCACCACAAAAGUCCGUGAUAUCAGAACAUUGCCUGGAGCUAUCGAUGUCAGCCUGGAGAAACUGCAGCUCGAAUAUGUUGACUUAUACCUGAUCCAUUCGCCCUACGGAGCCAAGGAGUUGUCAGAGCUACAGACAGCAUGGUUGGCCAUGGAAUCCAUCCAGAAGUCCGGCAAAGCCAAAUCAAUCGGCGUCUCCAACCAUCUACAGCCCCACAUAGAAGCCAUUCUCGAAGUCGCAACCAUCGUCCCGGCCGUGAACCAAAUAGAAUUCCACCCCUACCUUCAACGAGGCAAUAACCUCGUGCCCUGGCUUAAAGAACAUGGCAUCGAAGUAACCAGCUACAACGGCCUUACACCCCUCCGCAAAGGUCUGGGAGGUCCCUUAGAUGGACCAUUGAAGGAAAUCGCAAAGAAGUAUGGAGUGAGUGAGAAUGCAGUCUUGAUCCAGUGGCAGAUACAUCAGGGUAUUGUCCCGAUUACGACGUCGAGUAAGCCAGAGAGGUUGGCGGAGUAUUUGCAGGGGGUGGAGUUGAAGUUGGAACCGGAGGAGGUGGAGGAGAUUACGAGGGUGGGGUUGACGCAUCAUUUUAGGGCGUCGCAGUUGACGAGGUUUGAGCCUGAUGAUCGGUCUUAAUCCCUUGUAGGUAGAUGCAACUAUGCUUCGAUUCAGAAUUGCAAUACCGAGAGCUGAAGCUGGGGAAGUUCAACCCCUUUCCCUGAGUCACUCUUGACCGAUGGAGCAUGUGUGGAGUACUAUAGGCUGGCAACACUUUGACUGUGGUAUUACUUUUCGAUAUUCAUUUGACUGGC